AUGUCGUCCUUUUUCACUCUGCCGGCGUCGCAGAGGAAGCGGAAGCGGUCGCAGGUGGCGGAGAAGCAUGCUGGGAAGAGUACAGCACCUCCCAAGCGGAGGGAAGAGCGGGAUGAGUCCAUCUCAGGCAGCGAAGGCUCAGAUGAUGAGGCGGGACGAGAACGCAACGAUGGAUUCUUCGAGGCCUCCGAGGAUGAGGAUGAGGAUGAGCAGUACCAGAAUGAAGAUCCGGCGGCCAAGCGGAUACGACUGGCCGAGCAGUAUCUACUAAACACACAACGAGAAGUGCUCGACGAUGCUGGCUUCGAUGCGGCGGAUGUGGACAGGGAGAAUCUGGCACAGCGCAUGGGAGAUCGAUUGAAGGAGGAUACGGCAGAGAGUAAAGGAAAGUUGUAUAGGUGGAUGGCGAACGAUCUGGAUUGGGGUCGGGCUGAGCAGAAGGUGGCUAGGACGGAUGGCAAUAGCAUGACGAGCGUCGCCAUGCAGGGUCGGUAUAUCUACACAGUGGACAAGGACAUGGCGAUUAGCAAGUGGGAGCUGCCUGAUCACCAGAUGCCUGCUGUUAAUGGAAAGCAAAUCGGACGACAGCGGAGCAAGCCGAAGAGGGUGAAGUACACGCGAGGCAACAGGAAAGGAAAGAACGAUCGGGACUUCCUCCACCACAGCAAUGCCAUCUUGUGCAUCGCGGCGUCAGAUGAUGGAAAGUUCGUUGCGACCGGUGGGAUGGACAAAAGGCUAUUAAUAUGGGACGCAGCGACCCUCAAGCCCCUCAAAGCCUUCACCCAACACCGCGACGCCGUCACAAGCCUAGCCUUCCGCCGCGGCACCAACCAACUCUUCAGCGCCAGUCGCGACCGCACCGUCAAGAUCUGGUCGCUCGACGAACUCGCCUAUGUCGAGACCCUCUUCGGCCACCAAGACGAAGUCGUCGACGUCAGCGCCCUGGCACAGGAGAAAUGCGUGACCGUCGGCGCCCGGGAUCGCACGGCGCGACAUUGGAAAGUAGUCGAGGAAUCCCAACUCGUUUUCCGCGGCGGUGGUGCACCGGGGGGACGAAACAAGCAUGAUCGCUCGGCCAACGCAGCACAACCCAACGGCAUCGAGUCCGCUGAGAACAAAGCUUACAACGAAGGCUCCAUGGACCGCGUCGCCUGUCUCGACGACGACACCUUCGUCACAGGCUCAGACAAUGGCUCCCUCUCCCUCUGGAGCAUCCACAAGAAAAAAGCCGUCUUCACCUACCCGCUCGCGCACGGCCUCGACCCACCCUUGUCCGCCACUCUCCUCUCCGCGGAAGAGAAUCCAGACGCCAGUCAAGUCCAAGGCGAACCCCAACCGCGAUGGAUCACGGCCUUACGAGCCAUACCGUUUAGUAAUGUCUUGGUCACCGGGAGCUGGGACGGCGUGGUUCGCGCGUGGCAAAUAACGGAGGAUAAACGGCGGAUCGAAGCUCUGGGUCCGCUGGGUAGGCACAGUGACAAUAAUGAGCAGGAUGUCCCUACCGUGCCGAAUACACCCACCACGGCGGAGUCGCCUGGCGCGCAGCUGUCGCAGGAAAUGCAGCAGGCUAUUUUGCUUGAGAGCCAGAUACUGUCGCAGCCGCAGUCGCAGGCACAGUUGCCAGCGGGCAAGAAACCGAUUGUCGGCGUGAUCUCGGAUUUAGCGAUUAUCGAUCGGGGCGAGAGGGCCAAGGAGGGUGUACUGGUUGCCGCGGCCGUGGGCAAGGAACAUAGAUUGGGGAGGUGGAGUCGGAUGCACGAGGGGAAGAAUGCGUUGGUGUUGUUUGAGGUGCCUAGGAAAGUCUCGGCACCUGCGGGUGAGGUGGAUGGGCUGGGAGGGGAGGGUGUGAAAACGAAUGGGGUGGAGGCUGGUGCGGAGAAGGAGGAUUUCGCUGGGUUUGAUUGA